AUGGUCAGCAGGGCACAGACUUUGAUGAAGUCUCGACUAAAAGGGGCCCAAAAGGGACACUCUUUGCUGAAGAAGAAAGCGGACGCUUUGCAGAUGAGGUUCAGAUUGAUUCUGAAGAAGAUUGUCGAGGUGAAGUGCAAAAAGGAUAACGUGGCCGGAGUUACUCUACCCGUGUUUGAGUGCUAUCAAGACGGCAGUGAUGUCCACGAGUUUGCGGGUCUGGCCAGAGGUGGCCAACAGUUGGCUAAACUCAAGAAGAAUUACGCCCGAGCCGUACAACUGCUCGUCGAUUUAGCGUCACUUCAGACCAGUUUUAUUACUUUGGAUGAAGUGAUUAAAAUCACAAACCGAAGAGUGAAUGCAUUGGAACACGUGGUGAUCCCUCGCAUUGAAGCCACUCUUACUUACAUUACAUCAGAAUUGGAUGAAAGAGAAAGAGAAGAGUUCUAUAGAUUGAAGAAAAUACAAGAGAAGAAGAAGAAGAUCCGAAUAGAGGAGGAGAAGCUGAAGGCGUCCAGAGCUGAAGGAGUGGCCGCCGCAGAAGAGGCGCCCAAUCUAUUCGCUGACACACACGACGAGGACUUGUUAUUCUAGUUAUUUGUUUAGUUUAUGAAGAAGUCAUUUAUUCCAGAUUCUGUUGGCAACAAUUUUAUAAUUUGUUUUAAUUAUCAUUUGUAUUAUAAUUAAUGGAA